AUGGAAAUUAUGCCACCAGGUUAUCGGUUCUACCCUACAGAAGAAGAGUUGAUUUCUUUCUAUCUUCGUAAUAUGCUUGAAGGAGAGAAACAAUGCGUCAUUCGAACUGUUAUACCGGUCGUUAAUAUAUACGACUAUAAUCCAUCACAACUCCCACAGAUUUCUGGAGAAGCUAGUAUGAAAGACAAAGAGCAAUGGUUCUUUUUCAUUCCAAGGCAAGAGACUGAAGUGCGAGGAGGGAGACCUAAGCGUCUUACAACAACUGGUUACUGGAAAGCCACUGGUUCUCCUAAUCAUGUUUAUUCUUCUGAUAAUCGCGUAAUCGGUAUGAAAAGAACUAUGGUUUUUUAUUAUGGAAGAGCUCCGAAUGGAAAGAAGACUGAUUGGAAAAUGAAUGAGUAUAAGGCCAUUCAAGAUGAAUCAGGUCCUAAGUUAAGGCAAGAGUUUAGUUUAAGUCGAGUGUACAAGAAAUCAAAGUGUUUAAGGGCAUUUGAUAGACGACCACUACCAAGGAGGGUUACACCAUGUGUUCAAAAUGUUCAAGAGCACCAGAUGACUUCAACAUGCGAUCAUGAUGUUCAGAUAAGUGCAACAAGCUCACCAGAGUGCUCUUCUUCUGUAGAGCAUGGCCAAUCCUCACUUGAGGUUGGAGAAGGUAGUCAAAUGGAUAUUAAUGUUGACCAUGAGCUUUUGUUGGAUUGGGAACAAGUGGAUUGGUUCUUGGGAUCAGAGCCAUGA